CGGAGGAUAUCAUGCACUUCGGUAAAACUCGGCGUUAGGUCCACCGGUGGGUCCAAAGGUCGAAAUUCUCAUCAAUACUAGCUGCUUGUCAUUGGCCAUUACUGAGGAAUCAACAAGUGCAGCAGCUUCUGAUCCAAUUUUAAUCAUUUCAAGCAGUUGAAGAAAUUUAGCAAAUCAUGUCGGUUGUUACAAAAGGAAUCUAUUUUGUGGCUGCCAAAAGAACCCCAUUUGGGAAAAUGGGAGGCAGUUUUGUAAAUAAAACUGCAAAAGAUUUGUCGGUUGUAGCUGCAACGAGUGCGAUCAAGACAUCGGGUCUUAAGCCAGAAAAAAUUGAUCACGUUAUUUUUGGUAACGUUCUAGUGUUGACAGCAAGUGAUGGUGCAUUUUUGCCACGACAUGUUCUCUUGAAAUCGGGAAUUCCUCUUGAAAAAUCCGCAUUGGGAGUCAACAGAUUGUGCGGAUCUGGAUUUCAAUCGAUUGUCAAUGGGGCACAGAGCAUUCUCUCCGAGGAAUCCUCAAUAGUUCUUGCGGGUGGAGCUGAGAAUAUGAGUCAAACUCCAUUUGUAGUUCGAAACGUUCGAUUUGGCACCGGUCUGGGGCAAAAAUAUGAUUUCGAAGAUGCACUAUGGCUGGGUCUACUAGACACCUAUUGCGGUCUGCCAAUGGGUAUGACAGCGGAAAAAUUGGGGGCAAAGUACGGUAUUACGCGGGAAGAAGUUGAUAAAUUCGCAUUGAGAAGUCAUCAGAACUGGAAAGCAGCCAACGAUAAUGGAUAUUUCAAGGCCGAAAUGGCCCCAGUGUCACUGAAAAUUAAGAAACAGGAAGUUGAAGUGUCUGUUGACGAACAUGCAAGACCUCAAGCCAAAAUCGAGGAUUUUGCAAGGCUUCCAUCAAUUUUCCAGAAAGACGGACUCGUCACAGCCGGAAGCGCAUCUGGAGUAUGCGAUGGAGCUGGGGCUGUCAUACUAGCUAGUGAAGAAGCUGUCAAACGGGAAGGUCUCAAGCCUCUCGCACGUUUGGCAGGAUAUUCAACUGUAGGUGUUGAUCCUAGUAUUAUGGGAAUUGGACCAGCACCUGCUAUUAAAAAUCUUCUGAAAGCCACUGGCAAGACCCUGAACGAUAUUGAUUUGGUUGAGAUAAAUGAAGCCUUUGGUGCGCAAACGCUAGCCUGUGCCAAAGAUCUCAAUCUCGAUAUGAAUAAAUUGAACGUAAAUGGUGGAGCUAUUGCUCUCGGACACCCUCUCGGUGCAUCAGGAACGAGAAUUACUGCACAUCUCAUUCACGAGUUGAGGAGACGCAGUGGGAAAUUCGGUAUUGGCUCCGCCUGCAUCGGUGGCGGUCAGGGAAUUGCCCUUCUCAUUGAAUCCAUGUAAAUUUUCAAAAA